UUAAAUACUAAUAAAGCUCUUCUAUGCUCUCUUUUACUACGCUUUAUUCUGUUCAAAUUCGAUACUUUGUUUCCUGUGGUUGCAGAGAACGAGGAGCCUCUCUCUGUCUCUCUUUCUCUCUCUUUCUCCCUUCCUCCCUUCCUCCCUUCCUCCCUCUAAAUGCUUGCUGCAUUGUCUUGUUCUAAUACUUCAGAAUCUCUUUUCACUUCCACGCAUUAAAGUGUUGUCUCUCUCUUGAGUUGGUGGCGCUUGCUUUCAUAUUUAUGGGAGUUUGUUUCCAUGUUCUUAUACUUUCUAGUAGUAGUGUUGCAAGAGCACGUACAUAGCGCACCAGAAGAGGAAACCAAGGAAAACAAUUGCAUUUUGCCCUCUUUUCUUUAAAUUUCUCGGGUUGAUCAAUUAAGCUCUUUUCUCUGGAAUUGAGAACAACAAACGACCCUGGUCUUGUUCCUCAGCUCCAAAACAUAGAUACAUAGUGUGGAGAUUGGAGAAGGGGCUUCCAGAGCAAUGAUACUUUGCUAUUUGAAAUUCAAAGAAGUUUUGGAUCUAUAGAUAUACUUCUAAGCCGCACAGAAAUAUCAGAGAGCCUCGAGAGCUGCAUGAAGUAGAAGUUUGCGAAAAUGAGAGAUGAGAAUUCCAAGAAAAGCAAGUUGUUGACUGUUUUGUCUUUCUGUUGCGUGAUGAAGCUCUCAUGGUCAAAGAAAAUGGUCAGAAAGUUCUUUAAUAUCAAAUGCAAGACUGAGGAUUCCCAAGCCGACGGUGCUGCUUAUGGAGGAGGUGACGUGGAAUGCAGAAGUAGGAAUAGCUUCUCUGAGAGAGAGCCAUGCACAAUAAAAAAGAGCAAAACAGAGAAGUUUAGCAGAAGCACAGAUCAGGUGAGGCGAGCAAGAAUGAAUCUUGACCACCCUCGAAUUAUAGAUGUGCAGAAUUAUAGCAUUUUUGUAGCUACGUGGAAUGUAGCUGGAAGAUCUCCGCCAAGUACUUUGAAUUUAGAUGAUUGGCUUCACUCUUCAUCACCCGCAGACAUUUAUGUUCUUGGAUUUCAAGAGAUAGUUCCCUUGAAUGCUGGUAAUAUCUUAGGGGCAGAAGACAAUGGCCCUGCUAAAAAAUGGUUGGCUCUCAUCAGAAAGACUUUAAACAAUCUUCCUGGCACCAGUGGAAGUAGUGGGUGCUAUACACCAUCUCCCAUACCUCAGCCAGUUGUGGAGCUGAAUGCAGAUUUUGAAGGGUCAGCUAGGCAGAAGAAUUCAUCUUUCUUCCAUAGGCGAUCAUUCCAGACAACUUCUAGUGGUUGGGGAAUGGACAAUGAUCCUUCAGUUGGACAACCGCGGCUGGAUAGAAGAUACAGCGUCUGUGAUCGUGUAAUUUUUGGUCACAGGCCAAGUGACUUUGAUCCCAGUUUUAGAUGGGGCUACAGGCCUAGUGACUAUUCCAGGGCAAGUGACUACUCAAGACCAAGUGACUACUCAAGAUGGGGUUCAUCAGACGAUGACAAUGGCCUUGGGGAUUCACCAAGUACAGUCUUAUUUUCCCCAAUGUCCCGUGGUGGAGGUGGACCUUCCUUUAAUGAAGAGGGAUAUGCCAUGCCAGGUCAUUCAAGGUACUGCCUUGUUGCUAGUAAGCAAAUGGUGGGAAUAUAUCUUACAAUAUGGGUGAGAAGUGAACUGAAAGAUCAUGUUCAAAAUAUGAAAGUGUCUUGUGUUGGCAGAGGAUUGAUGGGUUAUCUGGGAAACAAGGGAUCCAUCUCAAUUAGUAUGUCUUUGCAUGAAACAAGCUUUUGCUUUAUCUGUAGCCAUUUAACCUCAGGACAGAAAGAGGGUGAUGAACUAAGAAGAAAUUCUGAUGUUAUGGAGAUUCUUAAAAAGACAAGGUUUCCUCGUGUUCAAGGUGUGGACAAUGAUAAGUCUCCACAGACAAUCCUCGAUCAUGAUCGAAUUAUAUGGCUUGGAGAUUUGAACUACCGGAUUGCCCUCUCCUACCGUUCUGCUAAGGCACUUGUUGAGAUGCAAAACUGGAGAGCAUUAUUAGAGAAUGAUCAAUUAAGAAUAGAGCAGAAAAGAGGUCGUGUGUUUCUGGGGUGGAAUGAGGGGAAGAUAUAUUUUCCUCCAACGUACAAGUAUUCAACUAAUUCAGAUAGAUAUGCUGGAGAUGAUAUGCACCCCAAAGAAAAAAGGAGAACCCCUGCUUGGUGUGACCGUAUUUUGUGGUAUGGAGAAGGUCUACAUCAGUUAUCGUAUGUCCGUGGUGAAUCAAAGUUUUCAGAUCACAGACCUGUCUAUGGCAUAUUUUGGGCUGAGGUUGAGUCAGCUCAUGGUAGAUUGAAGAAAACUAUGAGUUGUUCUCGUUCCAGAAUUGAGGUGGAGGAACUUCUGCCAUAUUCCGGUGGAUAUACUGAACUGAGUUUUUUCUAAGGAAUUUGGGAUGUGAGACGUGUCCUUCCACAUUCAGCAGCAAUUGGUCCCCCAUUACCAUGCUGGAAUUACUUUGAAGAAAACUCAUUCAUGGAGGGAGAUAGGGACAACCCAUUUCCCACAUACCGAAAAAGUUUAUAAUCUGUAGUUUUGGUGCUACAGUCAUGCUUUGCCUAACACAUGAUCAGUACAGUACAUCAUCAUAAUCUUGGUAGCUACUCAUCCACCACCUUCGGUAAUGUGCAUAUUUUGAUACCCAACUAACAAACACUCAACCUUCCAGUGUCUCACCAUACUUUGAUCGUUAACGGACCUUCACAGUCAUCAGGAAGUUGAUUUUUUUAUUCAAGAUUUUUUAAUUGUUUCUGGAGAAUAUAUAUGAUGACUGGAUGAAGGUGGAAGGCUUGUCAGAAUAAUCAAUUGGGCACUAACAUUUUUUUAAUGCGAAGAAAAGAAACUGAGUUUAUUUUUUAUUUCCCUUUUUGAUCCUGAGAAAAAUGAGAGUUUGAUGUAUAGUGGUUGGCUAUGUACUUGAGGAAAAAUACGAACAAACAAAAAAUGAUUGAUGUUCAUUAUAGAAUUCGAGAGCCUCUCUUGCUCAGUCCAUUAUUGAAAUUUUACUGAUAAA